GGGGCAGACACAUCAGUUGGAGCUCAAUUGUUGAUCAGAUCACAUCUGAGGGAUUUAGGAGCACGGAGGAGCCGAGAUUGGAGGGGGGGACAGAGCCAGCCUCCCGGUGUAGCUAGCGCUCAGUGAGCGGGCGGGCAGUGCGGGAGCAGCUCUCACACUUUGUUUGGCAGAGUUUGUCUCCCGGUACCGGGUCCCACAGCUCACUUCCUAUCGCCGGGCUGUUUGCGUUGUUGUUGUGGUGCCGGCCAGUGGUUCUCUGCAGGAAGGGGGCUGCCGCUGACAGACAUGGCCUUUUCCCAGAUGGGCUACCCGCAGUACCUGAGCCCGGGCCAGGCUGCCGUCUAUGGAGGGGACCGGCCGGGGGUGCUGGCUGCAGCGGCUGCUGCUGCUGCGGCGGCUGCGGCUGCCGGAUCGGGGAGACCGACCGGGACCGAACUGGGCAGCAGCUCCAGCGCCGCCGUGACCUCAGUGCUGGGCAUGUAUGCCGGUCCGUACAGCACCCCCAACUACAGCGCCUUCCUGCCCUACACCACCGACCUCAGCCUCUUCUCUCAGAUGGGAUCGCAGUAUGAACUGAAGGAUAACCCUGGAGUCCAUCCUGCCACUUUUGCUGCCCAUGCUGCCCCAGGCUAUUACCCCUAUGGACAAUUCCAAUAUGGUGAUCCCGGGCGGCCCAAAAAUGCCACUAGGGAGAGCACUAGUACAUUGAAGGCCUGGCUGAAUGAGCACAGGAAGAACCCUUACCCCACCAAGGGGGAGAAGAUCAUGUUGGCCAUCAUCACCAAAAUGACCCUCACUCAGGUCUCCACCUGGUUUGCCAAUGCCAGGAGGAGGCUCAAGAAGGAAAACAAGGUGACCUGGGGUGCAAGGAGUAAAGAAGAUGGUAAUCUCUUUGGAAGUGAUAAUGAAGGGGACCAUGAGAAGAAUGAAGAUGACGAGGAGAUCGACCUGGAGAGCAUAGACAUUGAUAAAAUUGAUGAUAAUGAUGGGGAGCAGAGCAACGAGGAAGAGGAGGACAAGCCAGAGCACUUGAGACAGAGCGAGGACAGCCUGAAAAAAGAAAGCGAGGUGAUUCUCUCAGCCUCUGAAGGACUCAAAUCAAAGGACUCUUUGUCACUGGGAAAAGAAAACUCUGAAACUAGCAAUACCAGAAUUGUAAGCCCUGGCGGGCAAGGGAAUUUACAAGUGCCAACACACAGCAAACCAAAAAUAUGGUCUUUGGCAGAAACAGCCACAAGCCCUGAUGGGGCCCUAAAGACUUCUCCUCCACCCCAAGUGAACCACACAUCUCCCCCCAUCCAGCACCCAGCAUUCCUCUCUAGCCAUGGACUAUACACAUGCCAGAUUGGCAAAUUCCAUAAUUGGACAAAUGGAGCUUUUCUCACUCAGAGUUCCCUGAUAAACAUGAGGUCCUUAUUAGGUGUAAACCACCACCACGCAGCUCACCACAACCACCACCACCUCCAGGCCCACCAGCAGUCUCCUCUGUUAACAGCCAACCUGGGGGUCCUCAGCAGCGAGAAAAUCACAGAGAGGAGCAGUCCCAAGCACACAGAAAGAGAAAACGUAUCCAGAACCGAAUCUCCGCCUCAGUUAAAACCUUCUUUUCAGGCUGUUCGUGAAAAUUCCAUCAAUCAACAAGAAGGAACACCACGUAUAUUAACAGCCCUUCCUUCUGCGUGAUCCUUAAAUCUUUCAAAGUGAUUAAGAGACUGUUCACAACAUACGGACAAUAAUGGGGUAUUCAUAUAAAUGACAUUGAAUCUCUUUUUGCAAUAAGUUGGUGCGGAUCCAAACAACCGAUUUUACAGAUUUGUAGAUUUCUCCACCCCUGCACCAUUUCAGCUCCUGUAAUUCAAACCAUACAUUGAAAAUUCGUUUUGGUAAAUGUUCCUACGUAUAUAUGUGUUUUUUUCUUUUCUUCUGUAUAUAAAGUGAUCUCAGAUUGUAAAUAGAGCGUCAGAAAAAACUUGU